AUGCCCGCCUACAUAGACGAGGACACCAGCAUGGAAGAGGCGAUGGACUACAUCCGCGUCAACAAAUCACCGUCGCCUUCGUGCGCAUCCGAACUGGCAAGCUUACAGAAGCAGUUUUCUGAAGCCCAAGCCCUCGUGCAGCAGCUGGAGUCUAGCCUUACCACAGAGCAGACGAAUCGUGUAUCCGCGGAGGCCGAAGCCCUCGAGAAUCACAAGCGCUGGCGCAAAACCGCCGCUGAGCUUCGCAAACUUCACACCACCACGUGCCAGUCAAACAAGAUCUCUGAUCAGGAUCUCAUCGAUGCUGCUAAAAGAAUGAGGUGGAUGGUGCGUAACUUGGCCGCAACCGGAUUUUCUGAGAUACUUGGCGAGCCUUCGAGCGAUAAGACACGACUCUCGACCUAUCCAAGGCCUAUGACGGAGGACUUGAGGCAGAUGCAGCUUUUUUUGCACACCAACAAUUCCCCAUCUACUUUGAGGCGUCUUUGUGGCACUAUUUGA